AGGAGGAGGAGGAGGAGAGGACCUGCGACUCACUGAGGACUGAGGACGGAGUACGUGGACGAGGAGGCCUUCGCAGGAAGCCGGUCCCCAGAAUCACCUUUCAGGCAGGAGACCCAUUCUACAUCAGCAGGAGAGAGAGGGAGGAGCUGGCGAAGUUGGACAAGAUGGAGGCUGAGAAGAAGGCCCAGCAGGUGGCUGCCAUGAGCACGAUGAAGGACCAAUCAGCAGCCGAGCCCCAGAAGAAGAAGGAGGAGCCAGCCGCUGUGUUCCCGCCCACCCCGCCAGCUCAGAACCCGCCUCCCGUGCAGCAGCACACAGACCCCGCCUCCCCCACCGUUGCCACGACACCAGAGCCUGCGCCCAUCGCCAGCGGUACCAAGACCAUGGCGAAGGCCUCCGACCCUGAGGCAGAGUAUGAGGAUGGUGGGGGUCACGGGAUCGGGGAGCUGGUGUGGGGCAAGCUGCGGGGCUUCUCCUGGUGGCCCGGCCGCAUCGUGUCCUGGUGGAUGGCGGGACGGAGCCGCGCCGCAGAGGGCACUCGCUGGGUCAUGUGGUUCGGAGACGGAAAGUUCUCAGUGGUGUGUGUAGAGAAGCUGUUGCCGUUGAGUUCCUUCUCCACAGCGUUCCAUCAGCCCACCUACAACAAGCAGCCCAUGUACAGGAAAGCCAUCUAUGAGGUGCUCAAGGUGGCCAGCACACGUUCGGGUAAGUUUCCUGCGUGCGUGUCGUCCGAUGACACGGACUCGGCGAAGAGUGUGGAGAUCGAGAGCCGCCAGAUGAUCGAGUGGGCCAGCAACGGAUUCCAGCCCCUCGGGGCCAAGGGCCUGGAGCCACCUGAAGCGGAGCGUAACCCGUACACUGAGGUGGAUGCGGAUGUGUGGGCGGAGCCUGAAGCAGCCUCCUAUGCCCCGCCCCCUGCCAAGAAGCCCCGCAAGAGCACCGUGGAGAAGCCCAAGAUCAAGGAGAUCAUCGACGAGGGAACCAAGGAGAGGCUCAUAUAUGAAGUCAGACAGAAGUGCCGAAAUAUUGAAGACAUCUGUAUCUCCUGUGGGAGUUUGAAUGUGUCUCUGGAACACCCACUCUUCAACGGAGCCAUGUGCCAGAGCUGCAAGAACUGUUUCCUGGAGUGUGCGUAUCAGUAUGACGAUGACGGCUACCAGUCCUACUGCACUAUCUGCUGUGGGGGGCGCGAAGUGCUCAUGUGCGGCAACAACAACUGCUGCAGGUGUUUCUGUGUGGAGUGUGUGGACCUGUUGGUGGGCACGGGUGCGGCGCAGGCGGCGAUCAGAGAGGACCCGUGGAACUGCUACAUGUGCGGCGAGCGCAACGUCUACGGACUCCUGCGUCGCCGUGACGACUGGCCCAGCCGCCUGCAACACUUCUUCGCCAACAACCACGACCAGGAAUUUGCUCCACCCAGACUUUACCCUCCAAUAGUAGCAGAGAAACGGAAGCCGAUUCGUGUGCUGUCUCUGUUUGAUGGCAUUGCUACAGGCCUAGUGGUGCUGCGUGACCUGGGGCUGGAGGUGGAGCGCUACGUGGCGUCGGAGGUGUGCGAGGACUCCAUCACCGUGGGGAUGGUCCGGCACGAGGGCAAGGUCAUGUACGUGGGAGACGUACGCAAUGUCCUGCGGAAGCACAUCCAGGAGUGGGGUCCCUUUGACCUGGUGAUCGGAGGAAGCCCCUGCAAUGACCUCUCCAUAGUCAACCCCGCCAGGAAAGGCCUCUACGGUAAGGAGGGGACAGGUCGUCUGUUCUUCGAGUUCUACCGGCUGCUGCACGAGGCCCGGCCCAAGCCCGGCGAUGACCGGCCGUUCUUCUGGCUCUUUGAGAACGUGGUGGCCAUGGGGGUCAGUGACAAGAGAGACAUCUCACGCUUCCUCGAGUGUAACCCCGUGAUGAUCGAUGCCAAGGAGGUGUCGGCCGCCCAUCGCGCCCGCUACUUCUGGGGCAACUUGCCGGGCAUGAAUCGACCUCUGACUGCUAUGGUAAAUGAUAAGUUGGAUCUGCAAGACUGUCUGGAGCAUGGGCGCACAGCCAAGUUCGACAAACUGAGAACCAUCACCACUCGGUCUAAUUCUAUCAAGCAGGGCAAAGAUCAGCAUUACCCCGUCUUCAUGAACGAGAAGGAGGACAUCCUGUGGUGCACUGAGAUGGAACGGGUGUUUGGCUUCCCGGUGCACUACACGGACGUGUCCAACAUGAGCCGCCUGGCCAGGCAGAGGCUGCUGGGAAGGUCCUGGAGCGUCCCCGUCAUACGCCACCUGUUCGCGCCGCUGAAGGACUACUAUGCUUGUGUCUAGGCAACGCCCCGCCCCGCCCCGCCCCGUUCCGUUCCGCCUCUCAAAGGGGUCUGGCCCCGCCCCCUUCUAAUUACAGCCCGGCUAUGACCCCGCCCCCUUUUGGUCUGAGAUCUUGUAGAUCCGCCCCCUUCCUGUUCCUCUCAUCUCUGCUGAGGUGCUAUCCACGGACAACUUCAACCAAUCAAAAAAAAAACAAAAAAAAAAAACAAUGCCUGAAUUUUUUUAUGUGUCUUUUAAAAAAGAAAUACGCUGAUGUUGUCACAUCAUUUUACUCUGUAUUUGAGUUUUACUUCUCUAUGUAUAUUGUUUUUUUCUGUUUGUUUUUCAUGGUCGUGAGGCCUUUGUUUUGUUUGGUGUAAACUGGUAUGCAUGUCUGAGCUGUACAAACAAGGCUUCCCCGCUCAACAGGACUGACACAGAGAGAGGCACGUUAGAAAUAGGUGUACCGUGAAUCUUGAGUGUGAAUGUGUGUGUGUCUGUGUGUGUGAGUGAGUGUGUGAGUGUGUAUGUGUGUGUGUGUCUGUGUGUGUGUGGUUACAGAAACAGGUCUUUGUCAAGUUGGAGCACAAACUGAAGGACAUUAAGACAAUAUGGAGGGAUGAUAACAUUCCUUUUAGUCCCACCCUCCACACGCACACAACACACACUCACAUACAGUACACACACACAUACUCUCUCUCUCUCUCUCUCUCUCUCUCUCUCUCUCUCUCUCUCUCUCUCUCUCACACACACACACACACAUGCUCUCUCUCUCUCUCUCUCUCUCUCUCUCACACACAUACACACACACACACACACACACACACACACAUACGCAUACUCUCCCUCACACACUCACACACUCUAACGCAGACAUCACUUUACAUCACCAAACUGUGGCAAAACCAGUAUAGGCAGCCCUGUGUCCUCUCUGUGUGUAGUUCUAGUGAAGGGAACCCUUGUGUCUGAUGAACACACACACCUGGUCACCUGUCAGCUGACACACACAACACUGUUUACAGGUCAUACACACUUAACCAAGGUACGCGCUCACUACUACUGCUGGUUACACAACCACUUGACUGGUGACCAAAUCAAUGGUGCUCUCCACCUCCCUCCAUCCCUCUCUCUCUCUCCCUCUUUCCCCCUCCCUCUCUCUCUUCCCCCUCCCUUUCUCACUCUCUCUCCCCCUCCCUCUCUCUCUCCCUCUUUCCCCCUCCCUUUCUCACUCCCUCUUUCUCCCUCUCUCCUUCUCUCCCCCUCCCUCUCUCUCUCCCUCCCUCUCUCUCCCCCUUCUCUCUCUCUCUCUCCCUCUCUCUCUCUCUCCUUAUUCUCUCUCUCAAUAAUCAGUCUACAUCUGCCUCUGUGUGUUCCCUUCUGUCCUGCCCUCUGUUAAUCUCAGUGAGACACACACACACACUCGCUCAUGAGGCCUUACUGCUGGGAAACACACACACACACACACACACGCACACACACACAAACACAAGUACAAGUUCAUACACAGACAGCAAAACAUACACACCACACACACACACACACACACACACACACACACGCCUUGUGGGUCUCUCACUCAUGUAAUCUGCCGAGUGACGUGUGUCAAAUGCAAUAGUAUAAAACACACACACUCAGUGUGAGUCCAGCCAGUGUGUGAGCCCUGAGGUUUGCUGUGUCAGUCUCUUAACGGUGCAACCUGCUCAAAUGGUGCCCCCCCCCAUUUCCCACCCCCUGUCUCUAACCGCCAUCAAGAGCUGGCAGGAGCUUCCGCCUCUUUCUCUCGAGGCGCUUCUCCACCGACAGCGAACCCGUGCUUGAACCUUUGCCGUUCAGAUUUCUUUGAACCGUGGUGCUAUCUAUAGAACCGUGGUGCUAUCUAUAGAACCGUGGUGCUACUGUGUCUAUAGAACCAGCCCGCAUUUCCACCAGUUCUGAACCGAACCAACAAUGCGUCAUCAACAAUGGGUGUUGAAUGCCAAUACAAAAGUUAAUGACAUGCAUUAACGGGAGAAUUAAAUGAACAAUUGUACCGUAAAACGGCAGAAACCAGCUGCCGCUAGUCAACGUCUACAGUGAAUGGUACUGUAGUUGACUUGUUUUGUUUACUCGUGGCAGUUGAUAUGGACGGAAAACUCAUGCUUUAGCUUUCUCCCCUCUGAAUGGCACAACGACAAGCCCACACCGGUUCGCAGGAGAAAACAACUAUUUUCUAGUUCAACUUCCGAACCAAGGUGCCACGUUCCGAACUGGCUUUUGUUGGGUCGAAACGUUCUGAACGGUUCAAACGCUGGUUCGCGAACGGGAACGGAGCCGGUUCUCUGUCGGUGGAAAAAGGCUACCUGUGUCUCUGGCUUGUUGUGAGUGCUGUGAGCCACUUCAGGUCUUCCCCCCACGCUGUAGGGGGCAGCAGCAGCUCAACCCCACAGCAUCUCUUCCUCUUCCUCUUCCUCCUCCCUCAGUCCCCAAACUACAACAUACAAAGAAAGAGAAUAAUACAAAAAAAACAAGAUGUGCUAUCUUUACAGAUCUUGAGCAGAUCUGACCCUCUCACCAGCGGGCAUCAAUUCUACUGUAACAGAAUAGCCAAGCAACGGUUCUGUCCUUUUUACUGUAAACUACUCUCAGAUACUGGAGUCUUUACUGUACUUGUAACUGGUGCUUACACAUGUGUAUGUGUGUGUGUGUGUGUGUGUGUGUGUGUGUGCGUGUGUGUGGUUAUGUGCACUGUGUGGUUUAGGAACAGGCAUGCGGACGGACAGGUGCUGUUUAGUUUUUUUACUUUUCUUUUUUUUUUUUUUUUGGUUCAGCUGAUUUCAAACAAAUCUCAAAUUCCAUAACCACCACCUACCCUAACGACUCAUUCCCUACCUUCAUAAACACACAUGCACACACACUCACACACACACACACACACACACACACACACACACGUGCACACACACACACACACACACACAUGUUCACACAAAACUCAGCAACAUUUUUAGACACAAGUGUAUUGUAUAGAGAAUUUGUCCUAUGUCAGGUGCAGAUACACAGUGAGGGCCACUCAGGCCGAGUCUGGGCCGAGUCUGGGCCGAGUCUGGCCCUACGCUCCGCUCCGCUGCCAGGGAUUCUGGGAAGGCGACCUUCUCCAUGGUGCCAUCGAUAUAUUUGGGGUCACCUGGUGCUCCCAGAAUUCCCUGCCUUUAUCUUCUCCCUUCUGAGGCUUCUAGGGUUGCGGCCUACAGUAGAUCUCAUGGGUUGUGGCCUACAGUAGAUCUCAUGGGUGCUUCUAGGGUUGCUGCCUACAGUAGAUCUCAUGGGUGCUUCUAGGGUUGUGGCCUACAGUAGAUCUCAUGGGUGCUUCUAAGGUUGUGGCCUACAGUAGAUCUCUUGGGUUGUGGCCUACAGUAGAUCUCAUGGGUGCUUCUAAGGUUGUGGCCUACAGUAGAUCUCUUGGGUUGCUGCCUACAGUAGAUCUCAUGGGUGCUUCAGUAGAUCUCAUGGGUGCUUCUAGGGUUGAGGCCUACAGUAGAUCUCAUGGGUUGUGGCCUACAGUAGAUCUCAUGGGUGCUUCUAGGGUUGCUGCCUACAGUAGAUCUCAUGGGUGCUUCUAAGGUUGUGGCCUACAGUAGAUCUCAUGGGUGCUUCUAGGGUAUGUGGCCUACAGUAGAUCUCAUGGGUUGUGGCCUACAGUAGAUCUCAUGGGUGCUUCUAGGGUUGUGGCCUACAGUAGAUCUCAUGGGUGCUUCUAGGGUAUGUGGCCUACAGUAGAUCUCAUGGGUGCUUUGUGUUCUAUCUACGGGCCGUCCAACCGGGCCAACACUAUUUAGACUGUGCAUGUGGUAUUACUGUUGGAAUUGAUAGGGCCGCACAGAAUGCGUGUCACCCAGGUGUUAAGGUGCUCCGGUCUAGUGUACUGUCUUGUGUGAGGAUGCAACACCUCCCCACCCCAGUGUAAGAGCAGAGGCCUCUGCACUGAACCCAUUGCCUCCUCCCCAACCCUGACCCCUGACCUCCAAAGUCCC